CCAUCGCCUGUUUGAAUCUGCGUUCGUCCCGUUCCCUCACCCAUUGUCCGUUCCCCCUGCGUUCUCCUCUGGCCCUCACCCGAUUCGUCCGUCUUCAUCAGUCCAAUCCUUUCCUCUCCUCUCUCUACCUCUCUUUGGCCGUCCCAAGCUCUUUCCCCCUUUCUCUCGCGAAUCCACGAUCAGACCCAGCCGAUCAAAUCCGAUCGAUCGAUCGAUCCAUCCGUGGUGGAGAUAAACAGGGAGUGGCGGAGUUGCCCUAGGCGUGGGGCGGCAGGGUUUUGCGGGCUCGGGUGAGUCGACGAUGCCUGCUUCAUCCCAUCACCGGAGUAGGCGUUUCGAUUCUAGUGGGAAAGCCUUUCUGGAUUGGAGAUACUCGGUGCCUGUUCUGGAUUAGGGCGUUGUUUCUUGCUCGAUCGUUUUCGUUGUGUUUCUUCGCUCUAAGUAGAGAUAGGUGAGCGAGUUUGGAGACACGGAUUUUUCAAGUAUGGCGGCGUCUUUGUUCCAGUCAACUCUAAAUGGUUCAACUACGAACCUUCCAGAUUCUACAAGUACAGGCAGGCCUUUUACAAGCUCUUUUUCAGGCCAAUCAGGAUCUGCUCCUGUUUUUCACCACUCAGGUUCUUUACAAGGACUUCAUAAUAUCCACGGGAGCUUCAAUGUGAAUAAUAUGCCUGGAUCCCUUCAGUCUCGCAAUUCAGCUUUGGGUGGGGUGCCUUCCACCGGUGUUCAGCAGCCUUCUGGUAGCCUUUCCACUGGGCGAUUUGCAUCAAACAACCUUCCUGUCGCACUUUCUCAGCUAUCACAUGGAGGUUUGCACGGACAUUCUGGGGUUACAAAUAGAGGAAACAUCAGUGUUGUGGGAAGCCCUCCAUUUAGUAGCAGCAUGAAUGGAGUUGGUGGUUCUAUUCCUGGCAUACCCCCUACCUCUGCUUCUCUUGGUAACCGGAGUGCUGUUCCUGGACUAGGAGUGUCUCCUAUUUUAGGCAACACUGGUCCUCGACUUACCAACUCCAUUGGCAACAUGGUUGGUGCAAGUAAUGUUGCACGAAACAUAAGCUCUGGAGGUGGAUUGGGUGUGCCUGCACUAGCCUCACGCGUAAAUCUGAGUGCCAAUAGUGGUAGUGGUGGUUUAAACGUUCAAGGACCAAGCAGACUCAUGAGUGGUGUGCUUCAGCAAGCUCCACAAAUGUUUCCCAUGUUAGGUAGUUCAUUCUCUACAUCAGGAGGUCCCUUGGCUCAAAACCAAGCAGCAGGGAAUAAUCCAUUAAGCACCCUGGGGAUGUCAAAUGAUGUAAAUGCUAAUGAUGGUUCCCCAUUUGACAUAAAUGAUUUUCCUCAAUUAACUGGCCGUCCAAGCUCCGCUGGAGGGCCUCAAGGGCAAUUAGGUUCAUUAAGAAAACAAGGUGUUGGUGUAAGUUCCAUAGUUCAACAAAGUCAAGAGUUCAGUAUCCAAAAUGAAGACUUUCCGGCCCUUCCAGGAUUCAAAGGUAAUAAUGCUGAUUUCGGAAUGGAUUUGCAUCAGAAAGAAGCACACCAUGAAAAUGCCAUGUCAAUGAUGCAGUCUCAGCAUUUUCCUAUGGGAAGAUCUGCUGGAUUCAGCUUGGCAGGGCCAUAUGUGACUCAUCGACAGCAGCAGCAACAGCAACAGCAGCAACAACAGCAACAGCAGCAGCAGCAACAACAACAACAACAACAUCAUGCUUCCUCAAUAAGCAACCCAGGGGCUUCUUAUGCAGCUGCAAGCACUCCAGAUCUUCUUCACCUGCAUGGUUCUGAUAUAUUUCCCUCUUCACAUGGCAUGCCUGCAUCUUAUCACUCUCAGGUCCAGACCAGCAGUACGGCUAACCUUGGAUUGAGACCCAUGAACAGUCCUAAUCCUAAUUAUGAUCAGCUUAUUCAGCAGUAUCACCAAUCCAACCAGUCACAGUUUCGCAUGCAACAAGUGAUGCCCUUUCAGCAGUCAUAUAGAGAUCAGAGUUUGAAAUCGUUGCAGAGCAGCCAAGCUACUCCAGACCGUUUUGGCCUGCUUGGACUAUUAAAUGUUAUAAAGAUGAGUGAUCCUGUUCUUACAUCACUUGCAUUGGGAAUUGAUCUAACAACACUGGGGUUGAAUUUGAACUCAAGAGACAAUCUUCAUAAAACUUUUGCUUCCCCAUGGUCUGAUGGACCUGCAAAGGGUGAUCCUGAGUAUUCUCUGCCACAGUGUUAUGUACAACCUGCACCUAAAUUGCAACCAGGAUACUUUUCAAGAUUCCGGCCAGAAACAUUACUUUAUAUCUUUUAUAGUAUGCCAAAUGAUGAAGCUCAGUUGUAUGCUGCCAAUGAGCUGAUGAACCAGGGUUGGCUCUACCACAAAGAACUGCGGUUGUGGCUUUUAAGGCCUCCAAAUAUGGAACCUCUUGUUAGGACACACACAUACGAGAGAGGAACAUAUCUUGCUUUUGAUCCUAACACGUGGGAUACUGUUCGUAAGGAAAAUUUCAUCCUCCAGUACGAGAUGAUUGAAAAGCGGCCAACAAUUCCACAGCAUUAGAGAAUGGUUUCAUGUAAUUGUAUUAGUUUUGUAGCUGAACGAUUGAUCUCUAAAAAUUGUACCAAUGUAUUCUGAGUUCCUGGCGAAAUGGCAUCCAGGUUUUUCCUUUUCAGUUAACUUGUUUGCCGAUCUUGGGCUGGUGAAGCACCCGAUCUGGCUUUUACUGGUUAACCGGCCGGGCCUAUUUUACCAAAUCUGAGAUUUGGAUGCCUCCGGGGCUGGUUACUCUUUUCUUUAUUGUAUGAAUUCGUCCAUUUAAUGAGUAAGCGUAUGAAAGUGGCUAGGCCUUUUAUUUUCUCCACUAA